CUCAAGAAAAUUUAUUCCGAAGCAACAAAAUGGUCCAGAUCAAGGAAUUCGCUGUUGAGCGGUGGAUGGAUACGUACGAGAACGACGCCACGUACAACCUAGCAGAGACGUGCUGCGCGUCAAUCUCGCUGAACGACCUCUUGGAAUUGUCCGACAAGAAGCCUGCGAACAUCCUGGACUUUUCGAAGAAGCAGGUCUAUGGCGCCAUCCGCGGUUCCGAGGCCUUGCGGUCCAACAUUGCCAACCUGUAUUGCGAAGGGCCGUCAAAGCCGAUCCUGCCCGACGGUGUGCUGGUCACCAACGGCGCGAUCCAGGCAAACUUCCUUGCUAUGUAUACGAACGUCGGUCCGGGGGAUCAUGUCAUCUGCCAGUAUCCGACGUAUCAGCAGCUGUAUUCGGUGCCAGAAUCGUUUGGUGCUGAAGUCAGCUUGUGGAAGUCUGAUGAGAAUAACAACUGGAGUCUGAAUCUCGAUGAGCUGAGAGCAUUGGUCCGGCCGAAUACCAAGCUCCUCAUUAUCAACAACCCUCAGAACCCAACCGGAGCCGUCCUGUCUCGCGAGACACUUCAGAGCAUCGUGGACAUCGCCCGCGAACACGACAUCGUUAUCCACAGCGACGAGGUGUACCGGCCACUCUUCCACUCCCUCGACUCAAACGAGUCGGAACCUCCGCCAUCGAUCCUCUCCUUCGACUACGAGAAGACUCUCGCGACCGGCUCGCUGUCGAAAGCAUACAGUCUGGCAGGCAUCCGGAUCGGGUGGAUCGCGUCGCGCAGCUCCGCGGCCAUCGAAAGCUGUGCGUCCGCAAGAGACUACACGACCAUCUCUGUGAGCCAGAUCGACGACCAAGUCGCGACUUUGGCGCUCGCCGAUUCCACUGUGCAUAAUUUGCUGCGGCGCAACAUUCAGCUGGCGAGGCAGAACCUUGCGGCUGUGGAAGCGUUCGUGAAAGACUUCCAAUGGGUCUGCAAGUGGACGCGCCCUAAGGCCGGUACGACGGCUUUUAUCAAGUUCGUUGACCGCAAUGGAUCCCCGGUCGAUGACGUGGAGUUCUGCAACCGGCUGCAGAAAAAGACGGGUGUAAUGCUUGUACCGGGAUGUCAGUGCUUCGGAGAGAGCACUAACUUCAAGGGAUUUGUUCGCGUUGGCUAUGUAUGCGAAAACGAAGUCUUGGUGGAUGGACUCAAGGCUUUGCGGGAAUUUAUGUCGGCCGAUUAUGAGAAAGUCCCGACGGUUUAACCGUUUGCUGGUGGGAUCUUCAAAAAAGGACAAGGCUAGUGCCAGAUAGGGCGAAAUAAACAUCCCAGCGUAGAUGGGAGCCUGAGUUCCAGUAUUGAUGCAUCAGCUCCUUUGCUCGGGUGAAGUUGCCCAUUCCUAGUGUCCGCAUGUUGUCCAUUCUGGUCUGGAUGAAGCUUCUCUCCCAUGGAUCGUCUGUAUCGCAACCAGCGCUGAAUAGUGGCCAGAGUAUGAGGAUAUUUGCAGUUGAGAAAGACUUUAUCUCUUCCACUGCGUUGA